AAAAAUUAGUACUUAAUACUGUAAAGAAUAUUUAGAUCUAAUUGAUUUUCCGUUUGAGGCGCAUCUCGGACACUUGUCUUUAAAACUUAAUCUAGUCUAGAUCUAGACCUAAUGAUCUAGACCUAAUUAUAUUUCAGUAAUGGAGCUAUCUGUUAGAGUUUCAAAGCGUUUACAAGCCAAGAAAGACUCUCUAAAUAUACAAGCAUCAGAGCCUGAGUCAUUUCUAAAUGUACUAGUACCAGAGCCUGUGUCGCUAAAAAAUGUCACUCAAAAUAAUGUUUCUGGGUUGACACCUAGUGCUAUAAGGUAUAGAAGACACAGGGAAAAACUACAAGCUGAUCCAGAAAAAUUUGCUGCUUUCAAGGAAAAGGAUAGAAAACGAAGUGUGCUUUACAGACAAAAUAUUACACCAGAAAAGAGAGAAAGAGCUCGACUUUUAAGUAAUUUAAGAACACAAAAAUGCAGACAAAAAAAGAAAGAACUAGGUCUCCCUCUUAAUGAAAAAAAAGUAAAACCUGAAACACGUGCUGCUGUUUUAGAGCGAAGAGAAAAAGAGAGGUUGAGAAAAGCUGCAUACAGGGCCAAGUUAAGCCCACAUGAAAAAGCCUGGAUAAACAGAAAACGCAAAGAAAGAAAACAGCAAGCUAAUAGUCCACAAGCCAAUAGUCCCCUUUGUGUCAACUCUGCAGAGGUUGGCGAAUCACUUGGUACUGGAUUCCAGACUCCAGUGGCAAAAAGAAUGGCUGUUUCAAGGGCUUUGAUGAAAUUACCUAGAUCACCUAAGAAAUAUGCUGCAGUUGUUGAAGGUCUCUCACAAAUACGCUCCCCAAGAAGAAGUAAAGCUCUCCAAGACAUAGGCUUUCUGCGUCUACCUGAGAGAAGAAAGCUCAUCUUUAUAAACAACAUUAAUGAAAGCAUCAAAACCUAUCUACACUCUACCAGCAAAAAAAGGAGUCAGAUGUCUAAUGCUCGCAGACAAGUACUCUGCAACAUCCUUACUAAGUAUAACAAAUUCAGAGGUUGUGCUACUCAUUUCAAACAUUUUGGUUUUUCAAGAAGUUUUAUGUCCAAGUGCAAAUCACAAAACAUAGCAAGAAAAAAACGAAGUGAUUGCAUUACACAAAAUGCCUUGGAAACAAUUCACAACUUUUACAGCAGAGAGGAUGUCUCAAGAACUGAUCCAUCUCAAUCAUCUGUGAGUGCACGAACUGGAAAACCUAAACGCUUCAUGCAGAAAACGCUGAAGGAGGCAUAUACUCAAUUGAGUACUCAUGCACCCACAUUAAAGGUAUCGUUCUCAAAGUUUGCUAAAUUGAAACCAUUUAUGACAAAAGCUACUCAACAUAAUAAGAUGCAGUCUUGCUUAUGUGAGUUCUGUAUGAAGAUUUUUCUUUAUAUGGAGGGCAUUAAUAAGUUUCUAAUCAAAAAAGGACACAGAGAGCUGACAUUAAAAAAUCCAGCUUCAUCACUUGACUUAACUCUAUGCCCAAGAACUAAUGCCAAUUGUUUUCAUAAGCUGCAGUGCAUUGAAAGAUCAUGUAGCAACUGUGGUGUGGAUUUAAUUAACAAGUAUUUUGAGCCUUUAAAAAAUUGCAUGGAUGAAUUAGCAGAAUGGAGCAUCUGGUCAAAGAUGACAGAUGAGUAUGUUCAGAGUGAUGGUACACUGCGAAAGGUAAUAAAGUGGCGACCAGUAAAUAAAGAAGGCCCUUUCAAUGACCUAGUAACAUCAAUGCAGAAAGAUUUGGAAAAAUUCAGCCUUCAUCUUUUUACAGCUAACUGGCAACAGCAGCAGUUUGCAGAUUUGAAACAAGAUUUACCAUGUGACUGGCUUUUGCUAGUUUCUGAUUUUGGUCAAAAUUUCACAUGCCACCACCAGGAUGAAAUCCAAGGUGCACACUGGGCUCGAACAGAGGUCACUAUUCACCCAGUAGUGAGCUACUACAGAGACAAAGAUUUGAUAGUCAAAGAAAGCAUGGUUUUUUUAUCAAAUGACCUAAAACAUGAUGGCCAUGCAUCACAACACUUUCAAAUGAAAGUGAUUUAUGAGUUAGCUAAUCGUGGUCAUGCUUUCACUAAAGUUAUCAGUUUUAGUGAUGGAUGUGCAGCACAGUACAAAGGAAAAUUAAAUUUUGUAGACUUAUCUUUCUCAAAGGAAGAUACAAAUGUGUCCAUAGAGAGGCACUAUUUCGGUAGUCGCCAUGGAAAAGGGCCAUGCGAUGCUGAAAUAGGUGUUGUUAAAAAAAAUGCUACAUUGGCCAUUAAAAGAAGAAUGGCCAUUAUUUCUGAUGCAAAGGGGCUAUUCCUUUGGGCAAAAGAAUACAUGACAAAGGCAGAGCCUACAAGUAAAAGAACAUUUUUCCUUGUGGAACAAGGAGAAAUCAAUCGAGACAGGCCUGACAGGUCCAACGAAAAGAUUCGAAGCCUUCAGGGAUCGAGGUCAGUCCAUGCAGUGAGAGGUAUUACACCUUACAAUAUUGCCUACAGAAAAAGAAGCUGUUUCUGCUUUCCUUGCAGAAAUUCAGAUGGCAGUCAGUGCCUGCAUGAUGAAAUAUGUGGAUCUUGGAAUAUGUUCAAACUUCAGAAACAGAAUGUGGUGCAAUCUCAAUCAAAUCUUGAAUCCUCUUUGGAUGUCAGUCCCAUAUGCUCAAAUUCAAAGGCCCAAACAUUGUCCUCCACAAAUCAAAAGUACAUUGUAAAUAGCUGUGUGAUUGUCAAGUAUGGGGAAAUAUUCUAUCCAGGAGUUGUGACAGAAGUCCUGGAUGAUCAGCGCAGAAUAAAUUUUUUAAAAAGGCACAGAAAUAAAAGAGAUAUAUUUGUAUACCCAGAAGUGCAGGACAUACAAUUAGUGUAUGCAGACAUGAUUGUUACUGAAGUGAUGUUGAUACCAAAUGGCAAUAGUUUGAGAGAGUGGAGAGUGGAAGGUUUUGAUUUCUGAAUAAAAUUUGUGUACAGUU